AUGCAUCGCAAUCGGCUUGUUUCUGCGGUCAUGUGUGGCAUCACCGCUCGCACUGCGGGGAGCGAAAACAUCGCCCCUUUCUUUCGCCCAGACAAUGCGACGAACACGCCACUAAGAGGCAGCUCAUCAGAUAUAUAUCAAUGGACAGGAUCGUAUUAUAAUGGCACCGCAAAAGUCGAGUUCGAUGUUUCGCACACGCUUAAGCACGAAGGUCCUGGUUUGGGUCCGACGACCUGCAACAAUUUUGACAAUGAAACGAUCACCAUUGAAUUCCCAGCGAUUUUUGCUGUGGUGCCUGCCGUGAGUAGUAGUAGUUCUACAAACCCUAUUAAUUCAAUCUGGACCUUCUGGCACGAGAUCUCCGCAUUACCCGAAGGGCAGGCUCUCUUGGAUGAUUAUGACAUACUCACCGACAACGACGCCGUGGGCGAAGGUGGGAAGGAAAUGAAAUGGGAAGAGAGUUCCGUUCAAACUGGAAGCGAGAAGUUUACUAUUGAUUUUAAAGAUCUAUCUCAUCCAGGAUACAAUAGUUCCGACUGGCCGAGUUUCGGGUUUGAAUUCGACAAGAGUGGGCUCACUGCUACAUGGAAUUCACCGGCUGCCUGGAUGAUCGCACCCGGUUAUAGUCUCCAGCGCAAUGGCAAGGUGAAGAUUACGUUUAGUGGAAAGGUCGACUCAUGGCAUUCGGACGUUAUGAUACCUAGCCGUCCCGCCCCAUCGUGGAACCUCACGGUGGGUUACGACCCAGAUUACUUUGGAUAUAAUCCUCCUAAGAAUAGCGGAGCAGGUGGUUACCUCUCUCCAUCGAGAUGGGUCGUUGCUGCUACCGCUGGAUUACUGUCUGUUACGUUCAUGGGGCCUUGA